AUGCAGAGAGAGGAAUACGUCAAGCAAGAGAGCAUGUCCAGCUCUAGCAAUGCAUCUGCCAAGGAAGCCGAAAGAAAAAAUCAGAAACAGGGAUACGAUACCGUUGAUGAAGAGCUGCAAGUUCAAGCUAAUGUUGUCUCUCUCGAUUAUCUUUAUCUAGAGAUGGUCUCUCCACCAUUUCAAGAUUGUCAAGAAACUAUGAAAAUACUUUCUGAGAUCAAACCUCAAGAUUCACAACCUACACUUCCAUCUGCAUCCUUGGAGGUUCCGAGGUGCUGCAGAAGGAGCGUUGGCGUCGAAAAUAAGACACGGAGACAGCCUCAAUCUUCGUCUCAAUUGUCAGCUAGUUACAUAAUUGAGUUGGCUGCAGCGACCUUCGUCCAUUCCAAUAUUAGCCAUACAUUUGUGAGCGCCCUCUCCGGCCUCUCUGCAGACGACGCUAGAGAUGUUCAGCUCGUGCUGAGUUUGCUGAAGUGUGCGGAGAAAGUCUGCAGUGAGCAGUAUGAUUGUACAGGCAAGCUUCUUGAAGUUUGCAGCGAGCUGAGGUUAAACCAAAUGAAUGUUAUACAAAGAUUGGUGUACUAUUUUAACCAAGCUCUUUGUGAAAGGAUUGAGCGCAAAACCGGGAGAUUCAAACACGUGUUGCAUAUCUCGCCACACAACUAG